AUGCGCUCCUCGUUACCCGCCUUGCUAUUGCUUCUCGUCCCAUUUGGCACUACUGCCCUACGCAGCGUCGUGUCGAAAGAUGCAACUUGUGGUGGUACCAAAGGCUAUACCUGUCUUGGAUCAAAAUGGGGAAACUGCUGCUCACAGUACAACUGUUCGGUAGUGAUUGUUUCGAGCAGCACUCGUGCCUCUACUAUACCUGUCGCUUCUUCCCAGCCCGUUUCAACAGACGCGAGGUGUGGUCCGUCGUUCGGCGGAAAAACCUGCCAAGGUAGUCGAUGGGGAAACUUCAAUACUCUUAUUGCGGCUCGACCUCGGACUACUGCAGCGCCACUACCUGCCGAAGAGGUUUUGGACAAUGCAAUAGCCCAGGCUCAUCGUCCGUACGGUCAUCAAGCACUUUGGCCCCCUCGCGAUUGUCCUCGGUUAUAUCAUCUUCGAGUCCUUCGUCCAGCUCUUCAGUAG